UCUUCAUUCUUUCCGUUGUGUUGAGAAAUCCGCCCCUUGACUGUUUCAUGUUCAUCUGUUCCAGAUCUGAAGGUAACGCACAACAAAUUCGAAUCCUUCAAAAUAUCGAACAUUCCUUUCUCUGCUGCUUCUUCUCUCGGUUUCCGAGGGCCAUAGAGGGUCCGCCUUUUGGAGCGCCUUGAAACUCCUCCUUAUCUGUUUUCAUCAUCUAACCAUGGACGCCUUGAAACCGCAGACCCAGUUAUUUAUUUAUUUUUUCCAGAUAUCCCAAUGCGGACUGGCGAGCAGCCAAUCAGAGUCUUGUUUACACUCGGUGAUUGACAACACGCUGGCAAAGUGCCAGCCAAUCAAAUCCCCCUCCUUUUUUGUUCAUAAACCUACAUACAGGCUGUUAGCGUUAAACUAACGCAAACUAUAACUUUCAGUACAGCUGCAAUCAUUUAUACACUUGAGGUAGCCUAUAUAUGGAUCUGUCGCACUUCGAUUUUUAGGCUCUUUACUAUUAUUAUUAUUUUACUUUAAAUAAUGUUUGUUUUCAUUUGUCACGUGUAUUGAUUGAUGCUUAUUCUUAAAGAAAAUAAAUUAAAUACAUAGCUACCCGUUUGACGUUGAAAAAGCGGCUACAGAGUAACUGGCUCCAGGUCGGAAUCCUGUGCUAGUUUGUAAAGGAAUAUUAAAGGUUUUAAGACAUUGUAACCAGUCUUUAGUAUUGUGCUUGAAUUUGCCGCUCGCCUCAUUGCUCUCGCUCUCCACGUCUGAUUCCUAUUGGUUACUGAUUUCGACCAAUCAGAAGGCGGAGUGACCCCGGGCGAGCGACGCCAGCUCAUUAUCCUCAGUGAAUCUGACCAAUGAGCGCGUGUGUUUACUCGGCCGGUGUUGAGAGGCUCGAUCGGCGCCGGACAAGAGGAUCGCCGUGUGGAGACUCGAUUCGCGACUUCAGUGGCCUAUAGACGCCCGUUACCGGCGAACGACAGCUGCUUCCAUCGCAUGAGGGGAACUAGGACUGAACCACUGAAAUAUGCUUUUUAAAAUAAGUGACAUCAUUGCUCUGAAUAUUUUUCUUAAUUUCUAAUUACAAUUAUUUAUUGUUAUGCAAGGAUAUAACACACCAAAAAGAUGAUUGAGGACUUCAAUCUGAGCAGGAGAGGAGCGCUUUCCACUGAAGCAAACACAGACGGAUUACAGUACAUCGGUUUCAUCUGAUUUCCGCUCGAUUUUGGAUUAUAUCGGCUGUUUUCUUUGGAAUGGAGGGUCGUGAUUUCUCCGCUCCGGCACAUCUCCUUUCAGAGCGGGCCACUCUAGUGCAUCGCGCCGCCUCUCGCAUCUCCUCCUCCGGCCACGGCUCUGUGCAGCAUGCGCCUCAUUUUCCAGCCGGGAAAUAUUACCCAUCUCACUUACCGAUGGCGGCGCAUUCAGGCAGUGGACUGAUGGGCAACUCCUCAGCCUCCUUCAUGGGGACGUUCUUAGCCAGCAGUCUAGGCUCUGCUCCAUCACACCCACCACACCCCUCCAGACCACCGUCCUCUCCCUCCUCUCCUCCUUACCGUGGGGGUCCCCACUCCAGCGCCUCUCAGAUCUGGUUCCCCCACUCACAUGAAGCAGUUCCAGGGUAUCCUCGCUUCUCAGGGAGUCUAGCCCACACUUUUCUACCCAUAAGCCAUUUGGAACACCAUGCCAACAACGGGGUGCUCUAUGGACAGCACCGUUUCUAUGAUACACAAAAAGAGAACUUCUAUUUAAGAAGCCUCCCGUCCCAGCCCCCACUCAUCUCAGCCAAUCACAACAUUCAGUCCAUGUCAAGGGCAGGAUCAGGACAACCCCAGGGCUCAUGCAGCAGGGAAAGAGAUGCAGGAAGUGGAAUGAGCCUACAAAAGGCCCCUAAAGAGCCUAGCUUAGACAGAAGUGUGGUUUCAGCUGCAAAAGAUAAAGACAGGCCUAGUAGUAAACAUGAUUCUAAAGACCGCCAUCACCAACAGCUACCCCAUCAUCACUCCCAUCAACCCCAGCUCCACCCACAACACCCAGCCACUAUGGAAGAGAUGAACAGCAGGGGACACAAAUCCACCAUGCCUAUGGAGUACAAGGAGCACCCACAGAGCAUGGGAAAGCCUCUUAGUGCCUGUCUGCUCAAUGGAAAGAUUCUAAAUGGAGACCAUGGAGCUGGGGCAAAGGGAUCCAUGACUACUUGCGGUGGGGAUGGGGUGGCUAGAGGCAAUGUAGGGUCCAUUAAUGUCCAGAACAGACACGUGGGUGAUGGCACUAAUGGGCGCUGUGGUAAAGAGGCGAUAAGUGGGGAGAUGCGGAUCAGUGAACAGCCUACUACAGAAUGUCUGGAGCGAGGACAGACACUGCAGCAUUCAUUGUCCUACACAGUGCCUUCUCCGCUGCCCAUGGCUCCUGGAGGGGGGCAUCCAAGUGGCUUCCACUGUCUGCAGCUCCAUCCUGGCCACCCCCAUCACCCACACCAAAACCGCCUCUCACACCAUCACCCCGACUUUUUCUGCCCUCAAUCGCCAGCUCCUAUGGGAAAUCCUUCAUUACAUGAUAAAGGAAUCAAUAGUGGUGGCUGCAGAGAUUCCAAAGUGACUGGAGCCACAUUCGUUCAAUCUGUUAGCCACCUUGGGGAAAAAAAUGGAGCUCCCUUCCAGAUGGGCAGCUCUGAGUGCCAGGGGGUUGGGAGCAGAGGGAACAGUGUCAAGGACAAGGCCAUGGAAAAGACUGGCAAUGGGGGGCAUCAUGGUAACUGGUCAAGGAAACAACAGCAUCAACCUCUGACCCACCAACUGCAUCUCUACAGAAAAGCUGAAAAGGCCCCAGACUGGAUGCACAACCAUAACCACAACCAUCACCUACAACAACAACAACAGCAACAGCAGCAAAGCCAUUCCCAGCAACUCAAUACUAUGCGUUCCCGCAGUGCUGACUGCAUCAACAGUAUGAAAACAGACAUCUUCAGAUCUACACUGACUCAAGAGACAAAGACGGUUAAUCCUCUACCCAGCCAAGCUAACACCAGUUCCCAGCCCUACAGAGACUGCUCACACUCUGGGCCUCAAACCAUUCCCUCACCUCUUGCUGGCAAGACCAUGACCCAGCACACAGGUGGAGGAGAACAUGGAAGCUGCUCUAUGCAGAGAGAUGGACAGAAGGUUGCCCGUAUUCGUCACCAACAGCACAGUAGGGCUGGCCCUGAUACCCCUGGCACAGACAUGACCCAGGCUAAUGGGAACCAGGAGCUGAAGCAGAAGAUGGAAAUGUCUCCUUACAGCUACAACAACAACAAUGCACAGCAUCACACACAUCAGCAGCCAUCGGUGCCACAAUGGGCCAUGCCAACUCAUCACAUCCAUUCUGAAGAGAACCAGCACAAAGCUUAUUUGGAACCUAACAGUGGAGCUGUCAACAACAGAACGCCCACACAACAGCAGCACCAGACUUCAGGAAUGGGCCCUCCUCCUCCACUUCAUCCAGCUCCUCCUCAAACUCAGCAGGAGGUCACAAGCUCACAGGGAGAGAACAGUGCCAUGAAGAACCUUCUAAAGUACAGCAACCAACAGCCUCUUCUCCUGUCCCAGAGGAGCCCAUUUGGUGGGCUUGGGAACCUCAGAACAGGGACUAAUGGCAGCAGCUGCUCUAUUCAGGGAGGCAAGCAGACCCUACCCUCCAGGAAAGGCCAAAGCCAUGAAAGUGAGCGAGCUGAUUGUGGUGGACGUGGCCGAGAGAUAGGAGAUGCACCACAUGUGGAGGGGGAGGUACGACAGCCUCCAGUAGGGAUUGCAGUUGCUGUGGCAAGACAAAGAGAACCUCCAUGCCAAGCAUCAGACAGCCAUCCCAGCAGCCGACAGGGGCGGGUGCACUCCAGCAUGAAAGGCACUCCACGCUCCAUGUAUCCUUCAGAUUCACUAGGAGAGGAGAGGAAAAGGACGAACGAAGAACACAUGGGCCACCGGUGCCUAGAGCGAGAACGAGACGUGUAUAUCAGGGAUAACAAGGAAAGGGUGGAAUUUGGCCACAUCCAUCCCUCUAACAGUUGCCAUGGUGACCUCACCUCUCAUAUAAUGAUGCCAGGUGGCACGUCAAUGCAGUCGGGCCAAUUAGCAGACCCAACUACACAUACACACUCUGCCCACCACUGGAUGCCACGCACAGGAAGUCCCUCCCUCUGGAUGACAGGUCACUCCUAUGGUAUUGGCCACACAGCUCUGCAUCAGAAUCUCCCACCUGGGUUUUCUGCAGCUAUGCCUGCCCCUCUUCAGCCAGUUGUACCCCUGCCUCAGGACCCCUCCACCCAACUGGUGGUUCUUCCCAGUGACCCUGCCACACACCCAGCAUCUCACCUUGAUGUGAUGGAGCAGCCUGGUCUGUGGCCCCCAGUCUACAGGGCCCGAGGGGCCCACUCCCACAUGCAACAUCCUGCUGUGUAUCCUCGCUCACAGUUUCUACGGCAACAAGAGCUUUAUGCUCUCCAGCAACACCAGCAGCUUCAGCAUCAGCAACACUCCAGCCAUCACACACCACCACCUCCAUCACAAAGAGCAGCAAACAUCAUAGACCUACCACAGAGAGCCUCUGCUGACGACAGCCAGGUGCAAAAGAAACCAGAAGAGCAGAGCAUGGAGCUAGAAGACAUUCUGUCUGACCCCAGGACUCUCAAACCUGCUCAGUGCUAUGUCUACGCCCCAUCUAACCGGGCCUCCACGCCUACCAGGGGAUCCACUGCCCACUUGUCGCCCUGCUGCCAGUCCCCUUGUAUGCGGGCUCAUCCUAAAAGCACACCCUCUACUCCUUGCCCCGCCCCAAGUCCAGUAGCUGCUACACCCCGCUCACCAGCCAUCAGCCCUUCUCCAUCACAGUUGCCCAAAACCGUUGAGUCCCAGGAAAAGAGGGUGGAAGGGCAGCCACCACAAGACUAUCCUCGAUCCAUGGAGCCUGAUUUACCACCUGGAUAUACCUAUCCAGAAAUCAACAUGGGAUAUAGGAAUGGCCCCACCACUCAAGAAGCACAGCUAGCAGAGCCUGCUGAUCUGGAGGCUGUUCAGACUGAACCAGUUGAGCACCCUCCUCCAGCUCUCUCCAGCUUGGGAGAGGGCCUAGUAUUUAAUGCAAUGGUGAGGCCACUCCAAGAACCACAAGAGCCAACAAUGGAUGUUGAUGCCAUGGUUGAGGAACAGUCUGAGGGUGUGUUUGUGCAAGGAGAGGAAGUCGAGACAGUCAUGGCCAUGGGCUGCUGUGAACCCAUAAAAGCUAAUCAUGAAAAGGAGCAUGCAGCGGUAAUUUGCAAACCUGCUGAAGUUUCAGGCUGUGAAGUAGGACAUGUACCUACCCUAUCCUCUAAGGAAGCAAUCCAUCAAGAAUUACCAAUUGUUACCUUCGAGGAAGAAGUUGGUGAAGAUAAACCUCCUCAAGAGACUAAAGACACUGACACACUGAAGGAUCACAGACUUCCACAAUCAUGUGUCUCUGAUUGUCCACUCACCCAGCUGCCUAACACCACCACCCAAGCAGAGGGUGCAGUGGUUUCUGAGGAAGAUCAAGAGAAAAACAGUUCGAAGGUUCCAUCUCCAAAUAGUAAUACCUGCUCCAAGAGUCUCACAAGAAGUUACUGGAGUUUGGAGCUCCUGAUUGCUGCAGCCUUCUGUGGGGACUGUCCUCCUCCUUCUCCACCUUCCCCUCACCAGUCCCAGAGAUGCUGUGGCCUACUCGACUCCAGCUAUCACGGCAUGGAAUUGCUGAGUGAGCUGGCUGAUCUGGAACUGCAACAGUAUCACCAAAGUUGUGGUAAAACUAAAGGAGAAGAUCAAUGGAGUUUUGACCUGCAGAGUCUUGCUACUUUGGCAGCAGCUCGUGCCCUUGAAUUGGGCUCACAGGAGAACAGUACCACAGAUGCUGAGAAGCAGUUUCCUGCACCGAGAACUCUCAAUUUGCGCAGAAAAUGCAGUUGGACGCCUCGCCAUGAGCCGGUUUGCCCCGUGAAAGGGACCAUGGACAGUAUGGAUGGACAGGAGUUGGCGAUGCGGGUGAGGCUAGCGGAGCUACAACAGCUUUACAAAGACAAGCAGAAAGAGUUGGCCAAACUCCAGAGAAAACAUGAUCAUCAGAAAGAGGAGACUCCUCGCAGCCCAGCACGUCGAGGCCCUGGUAGACCACGCAAACGAAAAUCAGUCCCUGGUCUUGGCUCCGGGACCCUUAAUGAGCCCCAGAAAAAAGUCAAAUUGGUGGGGGCGGGGCUAAGUCUGCUAGCAGAGGAUCAACGAGGAGAUGGAGAAUCGCCGAAGAAGAAGAAAAAAUUGUCCAAUCGAGGAUUUAGCCGUCUCAGCUCUACACAGAUGAAGUCACAGUGUUAUCGGAAGAACAGCUCCCUUGAUCAACACAUAACUCAGCUCAAGCCGAAGGUACCAGGUGGAAGACAUGCAUCUGGAGCUGCGUCAAGAGACCCAGAGUUUUCCUCCGCAUCUAACAGACUGUACCCUGGCCACAGUAACUGCAAAAGAGAUCCCACACAGCUCAGCACAGCCAAUGAGUCUGAGAGCCUUAGCGACACAGCCACGAGUGGGGACAGCGGGACACAGGAGUGCUGGAAGAGGCAUGAGCCAGUCGCAGUUAAAAAAGAAAGGAAGAAAAGUCCUGGAUCAGCAGCAUGUUUGCAGCAGCCAGGGGCCAGGAUCCCGCAGGGCAGGGUACAGGAAGUGGAUGAGGACGGGGAGACAUCCCCCCUUGAGAGCGAGUCCUCUGAGCAAGAGGAAGAUGAAGACGAAGGCAGUUAUGGCAGUGAGGAAGGCCAAGACAUCAAAGCACUGUCGUUUAGGGAUCUGCCAUUCAGUCCGGCCAAUACAGGCCCCUCCACUUUCUCUGUUGUCAAACUGGAAGCCAAUCAGAAGGCAAAGAUUAAGCGGGAACGACAAGAACUUUAUGGAUCUCAGUUUCGGGCUGUAACAGAAGGAGAUGUGAAGGUGAAGCGACGGUCCCCCUGUAGAUCCGUCCCCAUCACUGUCUCCAAACCUCCAGGUGUCAGAAGGCGACCAGGCAGGCCCAGACUGCAGGACAAACGCUGGCCUGGGAUCACAGGCAGGCCAGGUCAUUACAGAAAGAGUAGCAGCCUUCUCUCAUUUCCCAGAAGCAGCAGCAGCGAGAGGCUGAAGAGAGCCACUCGGAAGAGCUCCGUGCUGAGAGCCACGAGAAGAACUUUCUGGUCGACCGAAGCCCAGUCCCAAGACAGUGAUGAUAAUGGCAGCACUCGGAGAACCAGACUUAGAGAGUCUAAAGGUCGAGCAGUCAGCCGUCUAAUGGAGAGUUUUGAAGCAGAUGAGGGCUUCCACUUGGGGGAGGACAGUAGCUUCUCAGAGGAGGAUGAGAGGAAGGUGUCAUCGAAUGGCAGGACUGCUCCAGUUCCUCCCAACUGUAUUCUAACCAAAGAGCUCCUGAACGAUGGACUAAAGGUUCUGAUCUCCAAAGAUGAUGAACUACUAUAUGCUGCUCGUCUGCAAUCCCUGGAGUCACCUGAUGUCUACAGUAUUGUUAUCGAUGGGGAGAGAGGAAACCGACCCAGAAUCUACUCCCUGGAGCAACUCUUGCAGGAAGCUGUACUGGACGUACGCCCUGACACUGAGGCUGUGCUAAAAGAAAGGACUAGAGUGUGUGCUUACUGGAGUGAGCGCUCACGAUGUCUUUACCCGGGAUUUGUGCGAAGGGGUGGUAGUGAAGGUAAACCUGGUGGGGUUAUGGUGGAGUUUGAUGAUGGAGAUAGAGGGUGGAUCUCUCUCGCCAAUAUUCGCUUUCUCCCUCCCGAUUACCAAAUCCAAUGUGCUGAUGAGAGUCCUGCACUCGUCUCUGAGGGGCAGCUUCACAAAAAUAGCUCCAUGCAGGAAAACAAGACUCUGAGUGAAAGAACGGCAAAUAAAGGCAGAUUCAAAGCUCAGGAGAAGCCCGUCAGAAGACCAGGGAGGCCUAAAGGUUCAGGGCUAAAACAGUCUCUCUCAGACAGUGUAGCCAAGAGCUCAACACCUGCUGUGACAUGGCCAUCAGUGGCUGCAUCCAGGAAGAGAAUGCCUGUUAACUUUUUUCAGCUAAAUGGCUCAGCCUCGAAGAGGGCUUUGAAAGGCAGGGUGGCAGAAACAUCCUCUCGAACUUCAGUCUCCACGAUGACAACAACCAAAGGCCUCUUUAGCAGUAGCUCCUUUGACUCCUUUAGCAGCAUAGCUAAUGGUUAUUCAUCCUUUGGCAGCCAGACAUCUGGGAUUUCACUGGAGGGCAAGAACACUUCUUAUGGUCAAAAGAAGAGGACUGAGGAGCCAACACCACCAUCUCGGGGGAAAAAAGACGAAUUUCUAGUCAAAUUGGAUCAUGAAGGAGUAACAUCUCCAAAGACUAAAAACAGUAAGGCUCUCCUGUUGCUGGGAGCCUCAGGAUUUGGCUCCAAUGGGGUGGGUGCUUUGCCCAGGACUGAGGCUUAUUCACACCCAGUUCUGCUGGUCAAGGACAACAGGAAAAGAGAUGGCUCACGAGCAGAGCUCCUGCUAAAAGGGACAGCAGUCCAGAGGAAGCCUUCUCCAUCAUUGCGCAUGAAUGAGUAUGGAGACUUGAACCUAGGCUACCACAGGGACUGCCAAAGCUCUUAUUCAGACAUGGAUGAAGAAGAGGAAGAUGUAGAAAGGAGGACUGGCCAUGCAGCACUUGCUCCUGCUUCUGGAGGUAUGAGAACAGCUGGCCGUUUUCUCUCUCGCAUCUCAGUCUCCUCGUCUUCCUCCGGUUCUUCCAGCUCUUCCUGCUCAGGCUCUCUCUCGAGUUCAAGUGUAUGCUCUUCUGAAAAUGACUCAUCUUACAGCUCAGAGGAUGAAGAAAGCUCCACACUGUUACUCCAAAGCUGCUUGACCCCCCACCAUUCUUUGAUCCAGACCACUGAACCCCCUGUGGGACCCCCACGGCACUCCUUUGUGGCCAAAGCUGUGGCAGUGUCCAGUGCCAAAGGUAGGCAUAGCAGCCACAGUACUAACAGCAAGCCACAGAAGAGGAAAGAGUGUCCCAGUUCACUCUCCAAAACCUCUAAAGAUCUGGUUAAGAGGCAACGGCUUCUAUCAGACCAGACCAAACCCAGAGUGUCACCCAUCCUGCCAUCUAGACAGCUGUGGAGGUGGUCAGGAAACCCCACACAACGCCGUGGAUUUAAGGGAAAGGCCCGGAAGCUUUUCUACAAGGCUAUAGUGCGUGGCAAGGACAUGGUCCGGGUGGGAGAUUGUGCUGUGUUCCUUUCGACUGGGCAGCCUCAUCUGCCUUUAAUUGGCCGCAUUGAGAGUUUCUGGGAGUCAUGGCAGAGCAGCAUGGUCGUGAAGGUCCAGUGGUUCUACCACCCUGAAGAGACCAAGCUAGGCAAGAGACAUCGUGAUGGCAAACAUGCCCUGUACCAGUCAUGCCAUGAGGAUGAAAACGAUGUCCAGACAAUCUCUCAUAAGUGUCAGGUGGUCACACUUGAGGAAUACGAGCGAUUGACCCACAACAGGAAGUCUGAUGGGAGCUAUCAUGACCUGUACUACCUGGCCGGCACUUACGACCCCAACAGUGGCCAGCUGCUCACUGCAGACGGGAUGUCCAUCCUCUGUUAGCACUGGACUUGCUUGUCUGUGUAUACUACUGAGUUGUCUUUAGUCCAAAGUCAGAGAUGUCGCACUGCUAAUAAGAGACAGGGCAUUCUUAGAGAGGACCAGGAAGUAGACCACCCUCAUACCCAUCAACUCUGUCUACUCCGGGGAGAUAUGUGCAUGCUCCUCCUAGCGAUACCUUACAGUAGAUGCAGUUUAUCUAUGGUCCUAAUUCUAUUCUGAGGUUGACUUAUUGUGGAUCUAAUUUGAUAUGAACCGUUUUCUGAUCUUCGAUCACCAAGGCAAAACUCUUGGUUUGGAGAACAUGGCAGGAGAUUAUGAAGACUCGAGCCAUGUUGUAGGCAGCGGUGGUGUGGGGGCGCUCUCUGCACGUCACUUUCAUGAUUCCAGGGAUAUUUAAGUACAUUUAGAUCUAUAAAUAUAUAUUAAGUUCAUUUAUGUAUAUAUAUUGGGAAUUAUUUCCUAUCAAGCCAUACACUUCAGUACCUCUUAACAUGUCUUUUUAUUCAGGUGUAUAUUGUACAGGACAGGUUUUUUUUUAAUGUGUGUGUGUUGUCUUUGUUGUUGUCUAUAUGUAAAUAUUCAAAGCUAUUUUAUAUAAGUGUAAUGUACAGAGGCUUAUCUUACCCUGUUCUGAUGGAUUUAUUUUUGUACAAGUGAGUGAUAUAGUAGUUGUUGGUUUCUGUGAGGUCUGCAUUGCACUGCACACAGCCUGCUGAUACAGUGAGAGAGGAGUCAGUGAGAGAAGGGUUACACGGGGCACCAUCCAUUCAUCGGCUGCACUUUGGCUAUUUGUUCCUUUAAUGUCUUACUUUUUUACUCUUAACCUUUUUUUCCCCCUUAUGUUUGCAGACUCGAAACACUUUAAUGUUAAAACAAAGUGUGUGUGUGUGUGUAGUUCUACAAAUUUGACACUAGUGGUUAAAUUGAAUCAGAUUUUGAAAUUAGUCUACAACUAAGGAAAGUAUAAGCAAGAAUCUCAUAAAGAAAUGCCAAGGUCAUUUUUCACAUGAAAAUCAGGAAGAAGUCACAAAGCCAGAAUUUAGGACCAUUUAAACUGAUGCAUUAAGCACAAUGUCAUUCUCGUUACAGCAAUGAAAAUGUCAAGGUCUUGCCUGGACAUAGUUAUUUUUUUGUUCUUGGCCUAAUUUGUGAGAUUCACUUAAAAUGGCUGAAAAAAAAAGGAAAAAUAAUUCCGACAUGUGUUAUUACUGUAUCUGAUGCAUUUUGUUUCCCAAUGCAUCCUGCACUGUAUGUACAUAUUUCUUUGUUUAUCGACAUUUUUACUGCAUUUUUAACUUUAGCACCCAUCGAAAGUGGUAUUUCUGUUCAUGGUGAAAUGCACCUGAUUGAUUAUCUUAGUACUCCAGGGUCAGGGCACUAAAAGCAAGGGGUUGUUAGAGCACUAGGCACCGCUGGCGUUGAUAGAGAAGUUGGUGUACAGUCAGAGUGUGCUCCGUGCACUCAGUUUUCACUGUGAGGGACAAUCACAUCCACGCAUGAAGGAGCAUCCACUGUUUCAAAGGCUCACAGAAUCAUAGUGUUCUUCUUUUGUGCCAAAAAUAGUCAUUUCUGAUUAUGCAAUCUUCACUGUAUUGUAAGUGUUUUUAUUAUGUUGUUUUUUAUCAUUAAUGUUUAUUUAUUUACAGUGUUACUGUUUCAUUACAAACCAAUAGAUCGUAAUGAAAAUGUCUGUGAUCUAUUUGACCCAAAGGUGUCGUACUAACGUACAUAUGGCUUGAGCUACAGUCGGACCUUCACCUCUUUCCACCCCAUUAACAACAGCUUCAGCCCUGCAAGGCCCAUUGCCACAUUUGGCCUCGUCAUUGCUUAUUGCAGAGUGAAUGAAAAGCAUGCAUGUGGCUGUAUGCUUGGAGUAGCAUACUUCUCUUACUGCUGCAGGAUAUAGUAUGUAUACUGUACACAGCAUCCAUAUUUUUCUAUAUGUAUAGAAUACAUGGGUGACUUACUAUGUCAAAAUGUGCAGUAUACAUAGAGCAUGGAAUUCUGUAUCCCACAAUGCAAUGCACACAACUUGACCUUUCAUUUUUGGUGUGAGGACUGAACAAGUAGCUCUGUCUUUCUUCCCUCAUUAUUCGAUCAGAAUGGCAAAUGUGAAUUAUACAUAAAAUUUUCAAUUUUUUUUUUUUUUUUAAUAAUAGGCAGUAAUGCUUAUGACUUGUUCCCCAUUAAUAGUUUGACAUAUUUCCAGUAUGACUGAUAUGUAGUAUGUAAGGAUUUGUUUAAAUUUGUUUAUUAAAGAAACAAAAACAUACUCAGA